GCUGAGUGUCAACACAUACGAGAAUUCAUACGACAAAGACAGACAUUGAUACAAGAAAGGCCCCUGAAGUCGACGCUAGUUUCCACAUCCAGACAACACACAGACUGCCACGACACACACACACACACACACUACAUCACCCCACGAUGUGCACUAUUGCUCUACAUACUUAUACGUCCCCCACAGGUCCCACCACGUCUUAACCAGCGAAGAUCGCAUAGACGGUUUCAAAUACUGGCAUCCAUCAUCAUACGUCUCAAGAGGUGGCCCGUCAGAAGCGCUGCGCCAGCAAGCACGCCGCAACCACGCGUACUUGUGUCUCCUUGUGCGGCUCUUGACGAAGUUUGUCCAACUAUUCGGACCACUCCACGGCUUGACACCACCCUUGUAGUGCAAAAUGACAGGUCGCCAGGACGGGUCAUCCUUGAGUUUGCCAUUGAUUGCUUCAAGGUCUACAGGAACGACCAAAAGACAUUAUGAGCACAGGCAGACAUCGACACAGCUCGUUACCCUCCGAGCCCACAAAGACAUUAUAUUCCAUAGGCAGCUCACGAAAGCUUCCAUUGAAGAAAAAAUUGAGUGCGGUCUGGUCGUCGAAUCCCCACUGACGGUUCCAUCCGCCAAUCGUGGAUGAGGCAUUCGAGCACCGGAGCGCUGGCAGACUCAUUAACAAGACGCCUGCUAUGUAGAAAGAAAGUGUCGUUUGAAAAAUCGCCGUGAGCCGCACACCUGGGUUGAAUGUCUUGCUGCCUCCCUUCCACAUAAUCUUGUCUUUCAGUCCUCCUGUUUCCAGCCAUUUGUCGACAGAUCCCUCGGUGCUCUCGACAUGUCGCGGCUUAGCCGCAAUGGCUUCGUCAGGUCCCAGUGGCAUGACGAACAAAGGCUCGAGGGAGCCAUUCACGAUGACAUCGUAGUCGAGGUAAAGGACUUUUGCGACAGAAAGAGGUAGCAGGGCAGGCAACAAGAUGCGGAUGUUCGUCGCGCUCGUGAUGGGGGCUUCGCCGGUGCUGACGUCGUUGCGUCGCAUUGCCGCACCGACUCGAUUGCUUCGGAAAGUCAGAAAAGCACCUUCAAGUUGAGUGAAGUUGAUCAGGUGCAACUGCAAAGAGGGCCACCUUCUCCUGGACACGGCUUCGUCCUCAAGCACGAUGAUUGUUGGGUGAUGAGAAGGGACGUCCAUCGUCACAAGAUGGACAUCAACGCACCCCGUCACUGCCGUGUCGCGAUGGUUGACGUGCAGUGAGUUGAGGAGCGUCGGAAUGGGCUGAAGGCCAGCAUCAUCCACCCCGAGUGCUAUGUGGGCCCUACGGUCACCACAGGCCUGGUCCGUUGCAGUUCUGCCCUGUGCUCGCGCCAUGCACUCGCGAAAGGCGUUGCUUCUAGAGCUUCC